CUAUUGAGUUCUAGGUUAAAUCAAGAAACCCUAAUUUGUGAUUUGAAAGCUUCCCUCACCGCCGCUAUUAGUCCUAUAUCUGGCCGGUUUCCUCAACAAAUUGGGAAAAAGCCGACAUAGAUAUUUUCUGUAGCAAAGCUCAUCGGCUGCUUGCUCUGCCCAUCUCCAGUUCCGAAGACCGGUAGCAGCGACCCUCUUCCAAAUUCCCCCUUGCAAGUCUCCGGUCUAUCCGUAUCUUUCAGUGGUCCAAUCCCGAUGUCGGUCAGUCUUCGCAAGGGAAAUACCAGGCUUCCGCCGGAAGUGAACCGCGUGCUCUACGUCCGCAACCUUCCGUUCAACAUCUCCAGCGAGGAGAUGUACGAUAUCUUCGGAAAGUUCGGCGCCAUUCGCCAGAUCCGGAUUGGAACAAACAAGGACACGAGAGGCACCGCUUUCGUGGUCUACGAGGAUAUCUACGACGCCAAGACGGCCGUGGAUCACCUCUCUGGUUUCAACGUCGCCAACAGGUACCUCAUCGUUCUGUAUUACCAGCAGGCCAAGAUGAGCAAGAAGUUUGAUCAGAAGAAGAAGGAAGAGGAGAUUGUCAAGAUGCAGGAGAAAUACGGAGUCUCCACCAAAGAUAAGUAGACUGAAUUAUCACAUCAAUGCGUUAAUGAAAUUCGCUCUUGUGCCAACUAUUCUGGAUUUUUACUUUGAAUGCACUACUUCUGAAUUUAGGGUUAGCUCUGAUGUUCAGCUUGUGUGUAAUUAACAAUGGCGUGGCGUUUGAAAUGAUGAAUUUUGGGAUUUGUUAACUGAGGCAGUGGUCCCCUAUUUGCUCAGUUUGUCUCUGUAGUAAUGAUGCUUAGUUUAUAAGAUAGUUCAAGGAGGGAUGCGGAACUGGCGACUGGGUUGAAUGAUUCUGCUUGCCUGUUUCUUCAGAGGAUUUCUGGUGUACAUUGCAAGCAAGCCAGUUCAACUGAUUUGUGCACCAGUUUUGGGGUUGGUUAAUAUCAUCUCUAGUUUAUUAUUAGUUCCUGGAUUGCAGAGUUGUUGCUUCUCUUACUGAAAUUGUUGCAGCGACUAAUGGGAUGCUCUGACUGAUUGCUUUGUUAACUGAUCUUGGUUAGAUAGUCUGAUUUUAUUUUAGAAUUGAUCUUGAGUUAUGGUGCCAGCCAGGGAUUCUUUGCUUUCGCACUGUAUGUUUCACUCUGUCUAGGUGUCAAUCAAUGUUGUAUGGCAAU